UCUUGAAUUCCCAGAACAACUAGCUGAGGUGUUUAUGCAAUCACAGACUAUAAACAGACUGUACACAGGAGUGAAGAACAGUAGAGUAAACUACACAGCAUACGCCAACAUCUGACUGAACUCGGUAAUAUCUUGUAGGCAGUAGGUAUGUUCAGCAUAGGCCUUCCUGACUUAGACUACUGAUAAGAUGACCUGUUUGUUUGUCUCAGAUGUCAUAUAAAGUUAUGCAUAGUAUUGGGGUCAAAUGAAAAAAAUACGAUUACACAAUUACUUUUAGAUGAAUACUUUUGCUUACAGUUUAUGGUUUAUAAUGGACAAUGAAUCCCUCGUUUUUGUAUUCACUCUUUCUGGGUUGGAAGGGAUUAUGUACUAUAGAGGCACCCUCUUCUCAUUCACUUUACUGUGUUACUGUUUGAUUCUUUUGAUAAACAUUGUUCUAAUUUUGACCAUCAUCUUAGAUGAAAACCUCCAUGAGCCCAUGUACAUCUUCCUGUGUAAUUUGUGCAUCAGUGGACUUUAUGGAACUGCAGGAUUCUACCCCAAAUUCCUGUUGGAUCUAUUGUCUUAUGCUCAUGUUAGUUCUUAUGCAGGAUGUCUGAUUCAAGCGUUUGUAUUAUAUUCAUACGCUUGUUGUGAUUUUUCUAUUCUAUCAGUGAUGGCAUAUGACAGGUACGUAGCAAUAUGUAGGCCACUGCAGUAUCACUCUGUCAUGACUAAGCAGCGUGUCACUCAGUUAGUCUCUUUCUCCUGGUUUGUUCCUUUGUUUCUUUUGUUUAUUGGUACAACAUUUACCUUCAGAUUGAGGUUAUGUGGUUCACACAUACCUAAACUUUACUGUGCUAACUUCUUGAUCACUCAACUGUCAUGCUCUGCUACCAGUUGGAUUACGUCAUCAACACCAAGUAAUACCACUGCUCUUGUUACAAUAGCAAUUUAUUUCCUCCAUGCAGUUUUCAUAGUGUAUACCUAUGUGUAUCUGGUCAGAUCGUGUUUGAGGUCUUUAGAGGACAGGGGAAAGUUUAUGCAGACCUGUGUACCACAUUUACUGUCAUUGAUUCAUGUCAUAGUUGCUUUGCUUUUUGAUGUAAUGCACAUGCGUUAUGGCUCAAGUGAUUUACCACAAAGUCUUCAGAAUUUUUUGGCCAUGGAGUUUUUAAUAGUUCCUCCACUGCUUAACCCCUUAAUUUAUGGUCUUAAACUGACUAAAAUUAGAAAUAGAAUACUGAGUUUAUGUGUGCAAAAAUAA